UUUAACUACAGCUCUGGUUGUAGAAGCGAAAAGGGAAUUUAUAACGCCAGUGUACGGAACCGAACAGCGGGGAAGACAUUGUACCGCCGGUUGUAGUUAUCACCAUAUUAUACAGAAACGUCGUGAAAUGUGGCGUGAUGUGAGAAACCCUUCCAGACUCAGACGGCGCCAUUAAACCAGCUCAACCAAUUGUGGACUUUCCAGCCGCAAAGACUUGUCUGACUUCAGAUAAAAAAAUAUAUAAAUUUAUAAAAAGGAAGAAGAACGCGAUGGUUUUCACUUUCCCAGUGUCCUGAUAACUACAGAUUCAAGCCACAGCAAAAGCAAUUAACCCAUCUGCCAUCAGGAGUGAGGAAUAUACCCGUUAAAAACGCCACUUCACCAAACAGACAUCAUGUCUUCCCGGGAGCGUCGGUCAGAUGUCUACAUAAAGGCGGAGCCGAGUAGUCCAGAGGGAGGUGGGGGAGGUCGGACCAGCCCUGGUGGGGCCUCAUCAGACUCCUCUCAAAGCGGUGGCGGAGGAACCAGAGGAGAAGGCGCCAAACGUUACUCGCCGCCACUCUACACACCAGCUCUGCGAUGUCAUUUUAAAGACGAGGGUGGCGACGGAGCGGAGGAGGGCUCCACUGGAAAUGGAGCAGGGCGAUGCAAGUAUGCCCUGAGCACGCUGCCCAAGAGGCUGUGUCUCGUAUGUGGGGACGUGGCUUCAGGUUAUCAUUACGGCGUAGCAUCAUGCGAAGCCUGCAAAGCAUUCUUCAAGAGAACCAUUCAAGGUAAUAUUGAAUACAGUUGUCCAGCAUCAAAUGAAUGCGAGAUCACCAAAAGGCGCAGAAAGGCCUGUCAAGCAUGCCGCUUUACCAAGUGCCUCAAAGUAGGCAUGCUUAAAGAGGGAGUUCGUCUUGACAGGGUCAGAGGCGGAAGGCAGAAGUAUAAAAGACGCCCAGAAGUGGAAAACGCGACAUACCAGAGUGCCCCUCUACCACUGACUAAGGAGAGUGAAAAAGGUUCCUCCAACAUCAUUGUGUCCCAUCUUCUAGUGGCAGAGCCAGAAAAAUUAUUUGCAAUGCCCGACCCUCUGCAGCCUGACACGGCGCAGCGUACGCUCACCACCCUCUGUGACCUUGCUGACCGUGAGCUGGUUGUGAUCAUUGGCUGGGCCAAACACAUUCCUGGCUUCCUGUCUCUGUCUCUAGCAGACCAGAUGUCGGUGCUGCAGUCGGUGUGGCUGGAGGUGCUGGUUCUGGGUGUAGCAUACCGCUCGCUUGGCUGUGAGGAUGAGGUGGUGUUCGCUGAGGAUUUUGUCCUUGAUGAGGAGAUGUCGCGUGUUGCUGGACUAACAGAACUAAACGCAGCCAUCAUUCAACUUGCCCGCCGUUUCCGUGCACUAAACGUGGACCGGGAGGAAUUCGUCAUGUUAAAAGCCAUCGCACUCACAAACUCAGACUCUGUUUACAUCGAGGACAUGGAAGCCGUACAGAAGCUGCGGGACCUCCUCCACCAGGCCCUGCUGGAGCUGGAAUGUCAGCGGCGCCCAGACGACCCCCAGCGGGCAGGACGUCUUCUUUUAACAUUGCCUCUCCUCCGACAGACUGCUGGCCGCGCUCUUACCACGUUCUACAGCAUUAAGACCCGUGGUGGUGUACCCAUGCACAAACUAUUUCUAGAGAUGCUGGAAGCCAUGAUGGACUCUCCUUAGAGGAGGAAAAGCAGAAGAAGAAAAAAAAAAUGACAAGAAGAUGCAGACAAAGACCCCACAGAGAUUUAGUCUUGACGAGUGGAAGAGUGGUUUAUAAAAAAGGAACGUUUUCAUUAGAUGAUUAGUCAUGAGGAAAUCAUGCUUUUUCCACUUUCCGUGAGAAGAAGAAAGAAAAUAAGUAAAUAAUACAAGAAAAUUAGAUUUUUACUUGGGAAUUGGUGGAGUACAGUAAGAUGUAACUGCCAAACUUCAGUAAAAGGCUCCAAGAUCCACAAGUGAAAACGUGUAACAUAAAUACUGAAAUACUUCUCAGUUCUAUCUACUUCAUGGCAUGCUUUGUCACAGCAUCAGUACACAGUUAUUUAACCACUGAAGAACAAGUUUUAGGUACCCAAGAACAGACUGCAAUUGUAGCUUUUUGAACUUGAUAAAAAUAAAUAAUGCUACAUCUGAACAUGAAAGCCAUAAAAACACACCUGGCGAAAGGCUUGAGGAUCUGGUAUGAGUUGCAACGGAAACACGCACAAGGUGCUUGUAUUUACUAUAGUUUAGUGUGCCGUUGUAGGCAAAACAUAUGAAUUACUUGCAAUAUGUUAAAAGCAAUAUAAUUACUUGAUUAAUGUUUGUCACAUUCAAAAUGUGGAUCAAAUGAUAAGAAGUUUAUUAGUUUGUGUGUAUCACUUGUUGUCAACUCGUUGGACCCCAAAUGCUGAUUAUGAUUUUUAAAUAAUAGAAAGUGGUUUGGUCAGGGAAGCUAGAUGGGUAGUUUUUAAAUGGAUAGAAAAAAAAAACUCUUUAAGAGAGAAAAAACUGCAGCACUUUGGGGGUUUAAUAGUGGGGUCAGGAGUUACUGAUGUUAAGAGCAAGAUGCUUUAUAAAAGGUUGUGCAGUGGAUUUGUAGUCCAGGAGAAGCGCACAUGAAGAUUGUGCGUCCUUAAAAUGCCGUACUUAAAUGUUGUAUGUAAAUCCUAUUGACACACAUAAAAACUGGCUUCCAGCUUGUGUGUGUGUGUGUGUGUUUAUGUGCAGUUGAAUCCAAUGAGAUCAGGGAAGAACACAACUCUUUGACAUUAAAACUGCUGUGGUAACAACAGUGAUUAGAAAAGCAAUGUAUAAGCCUCGUCUGCUUUUUUAUACUCCCCUCCUCCACUUAAACCAGUUUGACCUCUGCAGCUGUGUUUAAAAAAAAAAAAGAAAGAAAAACAGAAGUCUGUUUUAUUUCAUACGUGGACUAUGAGGUGUAACACUAACCUAAAUGACUGAUAUGCGUUUGUGGUGACAUUUGGCUGCACUUUCUGCAGCGAAGAACGUUGCAUAAAAGAUCUCAAAUGUUUCAAUUCGAGAUCCCUCCAGCUGUGGAUGCACGCCUAUUGAACUUGAACUUGUAUGUGCCCUGUGAUGGGCUCAGGGCUACGAGAAACUUAUGCAACAUCUUUCUUUUGGAUGUUGAAACCUUGUCUGAUAGCAUCCCGAAAGUCCCUACUCUUUGUCCUGAAGGUUUGUAUACUUGCAGCAUAAAUGAUCAUUACAGUUAGCUUCACAUCCAGUGCAAAAGCUAUAUUAUCUGCUGUAAAAAUCAGAUCCCCAAAGGAUAUUUAAUGGCCCAACAGCCAUGACCCUUUUAGCCAUGUACAGUUCUAUAUAAAUAAUCAAACAUGCAAUUUGUAGUGCAAGAUGAUAAAGCCAGCAAAUGUGAUAUCAAUUCCCCAUUAUGAUAUUUGCAGCUUACAGUGUGCUGAUGUUUGUAAAGACUUGAAACUUGCUUUUUCAUACAGUUUCCCCUCUAGGAUGUAAGGGUUUUUUUAUUUACAUUGUGACACACUGUUGUGGGUUUGGUACUGAAAUUAAGCUUUUCAUUUAGAAUCUAAUGAAUGCUGAAUUUUUUUCAUUCUUUUUUUUCUUUAUCAGUGCUUUCUAAGGCUAAUUGUUGUGUUAGGGAUCAGUUUGAAUGGCUCUAUACAUCUGUUGGCAUGAUGAGGCUUUAAAAUGCUACCUCAGGAGGCAGCACAAGCCAGAUGGCCAAAUAACUGUGGAAACAAAUGUAGCUUGGUGUGUAAAUUUGUCAACUUGAAUUUGGAUAUUUGGUACACUGGGUUCCUUGCAGUUGUGCAAAUACCUGAGUUAAUUUGUUUCCGUUUCACAAGUUUAAGAUGUUUAUGGCUUAGUAGUCCAGCUUCAUAGAACCGAACAGCUCAGCUUGCAAACACAGGAGCUAAAUUAGGAGCAGAAGCAAGGUUUUAACAGAAUGUUGACCCAGAUUUUUUGCUUUCAGAAGUUACAGCUGUUAUCUGAAAAUAUUUUCUUCUCUGAUUUCUCUUCUAAGCAAAUUUAGCAAGUGGUUGUGACAUUACGAAGCAAGCAUUGCUGUAGAUGCCAGGGCCACGUUCGAGCUCUUCAACUUUCUUCCUGUUCACUUGCUCGCAUAUGCAAGUUGGAUUUUUCAUUAUGUACAAAUGUAGAUUUGGGAUGAUUAGGGUGGAGGCUUGGUCACUGGGAGUGUCACUAUUUGAAUUGUACAGCUAUUUUUAGGUUAUGUUAUUAAUGUGCACAUUAAUAUAAAUAAGCAAUAUAAUAAAUUACCAAACCUCACACAUUUCCUUGUAUAGCCACAGUGUAUGUUUAACAUUGCCAGUGAUAAUUAUAAAUAGCUACUAAACAUCAUCUUAUUUAGAGGUUCGAAUCAAUGUUUGUAUUUUCAAAGAAUAUUUAAAUGAUUAAAUUCUAUUUUUUACUCAAUUUAUUGUUGUUUGUUGAUACUGCUUUGUUUUUGUGUGUGGUACUGGCUGUGAAUUUCUGUGUGUAGUUUUUUUUUUCUUUUUUUUAUUUAGAUGAAACAGUUUGAUGUCCUUGUCUAAACAUGUCUACAUUAAAUUCACUGUGAAAAAGUGAGCUCGUCCACUGUCUGAUGCAACAGAUAGUGGAUUAUUGUAGGUGCUUUGUGUUGUGUAAUAAAUGGACACACCACCACCACA